GUUGUCGCUCUUGUCGUUCGUAAAAGACACUUGAUUCAAAAUGUCUGCAGAAAAGAGGAAAGAAUCAGCCAGUAGUGCUCCCGCAGGUGCAGUCGUCAAACGCGCAAAAGCUGACGACACCAACGAUUCUUCUGCUUUGAUUACCUUGUCAACUGAAAGAUCGGGAACCAGUAACGCCAUCGUGGGCACUAUUAAACGUACAUCUAGCUUAAAUUCACCCGUAAUGCAAUUAACUGGCCAUGAGGGUGAAGUCUUUUCCUGUAAAUUCGAUCCCACCGGUGAGCAUAUUGCUUCCACAGGAUUCGAUAGACAAAUUAUGUUAUGGAACACGUAUGGCGACUGCCAAAAUUAUGGUGUAUUAAGAGGACAUUCAAACGCUGUUAUGGAAUUACAUUGGUCCCGCGAUUCAAGUCAAAUCUUCAGCUGUUCAGCAGAUAAAUCGGUGUCUAUUUGGGAUGUGAAAGCAGGUGAACGUGUUCGACGAUGGAAGGGACAUACGCAAGUGGUGAACAGCUGUCAGGUUGCUCGUCGAGGCCCAGAGACAGUGGUUUCUGGAAGUGAUGACGGUUGCAUAAAAUUAUGGGACAGUCGAGAAAAAGCAGCAGUACAAACCUUUGAAGAUAAAUUCCAAGUCACCAGCGUUUGCUUCAGCGAUGCAGCAGAUAUGGUUUUUGCUGGUGGUCUCGAUAACGAAAUCAAGGUGUGGGAUUUACGCAAAAAGGCAGUGGCCUACACAUUAAGCGGUCACUUGGAUACUAUUUCUGGUAUGUCCCUGAGUCCCGACGGAUCCUAUCUCUUGUCAAAUUCUAUGGAUAAUACAGUGUGUAUCUGGGAUGUGAAGCCGUUCGCUCCUGCCGAUCGACGUGUCAAGGUAUUCGAAGGCGCACCUCACGGCUUUGAGAAGAACUUGAUCAAGCCAUGCUGGUCGACGGACGGAAAUCAAAUUGCCUGUGGUUCGGCCGAUCGAUCCGUUGUCAUUUGGGAGGUAUCAUCGGGCAAGAUCCUUUACAAGUUACCGGGCCACAAGGGUUGUGUCAACGAUGUGGAUUGGCAUCCUAAAGAACCCAUCAUUUUGAGUUGUAGCACAGAUAAGACCAUGUUCAUGGGUGAAGUGAAGCCCACCCAGUAAUCCCUGUUAAAUAAAUCAGCCAACAUAAACGAAAUUGUAUAUUUAUAUGGCUUGCCUUUAC